CAAAACUGUCACCGCCAACAACAACUGCGGCGGCAUUCAAUAUUCCCGAAAGCAUCGUGUUUUCCGUGCCCAAGAACCGGUAAAAUUUCCUUGCAAAAUGAUUGAUGCAAGCUUAAUUGUUGGAAUAUCGGCCACCGUUGUGUCGUUUGUGGUAGGAUACACAAUUGCAAAACUACCACGCCCCGGAGCAGGAAGCACUGGCUCAUCAGAAAACCAAUCUUCGACAGAUGAAGGAACGGAUAAGAUGUUUGCCGAUAUGGGUGGCGAGUAUAAGAUGGUGCUGGUAGUGCGGAAUGAUUUGAAGAUGGGCAAGGGGAAGAUCGCGGCACAGUGUGGUCACGCGGCCGUUGGUGCGUUCGAGAGUGGACUUCACAAUACGCCGAAAGCCAUUCGGAAGUGGCAAAACAGCGGACAAGCGAAAAUAGCGCUGAAGGUAGAAAGCGAAGUCGCGUUAAUGGAAAUCUAUCGUUCGGCAAAAGCGAACAAGCUCAACUGCUGCAUGAUACGCGACGCCGGCCGGACGCAGAUUGAACCGAACACCAAAACCGUGCUCGCUGUGGGACCGGCGCCCGUGGUGGCGGUGGACAGUGUGACGGGACAUUUGAAGCUACUGUAAGAGCCUGUAUCUACCGCAUAAGAUGGAAAAGAAAUUGCUGUUAGAAAGCGAAAGUCGAACAAUCCAUAA